AUGGAGGCGAGGGUCCCAUCGCCCCCAGUAACGGAGCAUUGCUUCACAGGGACCAGAAGCGCAGGCUGGCUCAGGAGCAACUACAACUUCAUCGCAGAGGUGGUGGAGAAGGUGGCGCCAUCUGUGGUUCACUUGCAGCUCUUUCGGAGGUCACCUCUCAACGGCAAGGAUAUUCCUGUAUCCAGUGGCUCGGGGUUCAUAGUGUCUGAGGAUGGGCUCAUCGUUACCAAUGCCCACGUCCUCACCAACCGGCAGCGAAUCCAGGCGGAGCUCCAGAGUGGGGUCCAGUAUGAAGCCACUGUCAAGGACAUUGACCAUAAACUGGAUCUUGCACUGAUUAAGAUCGAGCCAAAAACUGACCUUCCUGUAUUGCUGCUGGGAAAGUCAUCUGACCUGCGGGCCGGAGAGUUUGUGGUGGCCUUGGGCAGCCCAUUUUCUCUGCAGAACACAGUGACUGCAGGAAUUGUCAGCACUACACAGCGAGGGGGCAAAGAACUGGGGCUGGAGGAUUCAGACAUGGACUAUAUCCAGACUGAUGCCAUAAUAAAUCACGGAAAUUCUGGGGGGCCUCUGGUGAACUUGGAUGGCGAUGUGAUUGGCAUAAAUACACUGAAGGUGACCGCGGGAAUCUCCUUUGCAAUCCCCUCUGAUCGAAUUCGAGAGUUCUUGGCGGAAUUCCAUGAGCGCCAGUUGAAAGGAAAGGCUCUUGCACAAAGGAAAUAUCUGGGUCUGCGAAUGCUGCCCCUCACUAUGAACCUUCUUCGAGAAAUGAAAAGGCAAGAUCCAGAUUUCCCCGUUGUGAGUUCUGGGGUUUUUGUAUAUGAGGUGAUUCAGGGAACAGCUGCUGAAAGCUCUGGGUUGAGAGACCACGAUGUAAUUGUCAGCAUAAAUGGGCAACCUGUUACUACCACAGCCGAUGUUGCUGAAGCUGUUAAGGACAACGAUUCCCUUUCCAUGAUGGUUCGUCGGGGAAGUCAAACUCUGAUCCUGACAAUCACACCUGAAAUAAUUGAUUAAGUAUCUUGAUUUAAAGAUAAAUUAUCUAACAAAACCAAAGUUAUAUUACCUGGUUUGUAUUGAAGAUGUGCCAAAGAUGGCUAGGAGUUUUAAGAUCUUUCUUAUAAAGGAAAAUGAAUGCUUAAGUACGAGU